CUUUAUGCUGACGUCCGGGCUCUCAUAGGAGCGCAUGACCCGCCGUGAUGGCCGGGGGACGCAGAGGACUUGUGGCCCCACAAAACACUUUUCUGGAAAAUAUUGUCCGACGGUCUAACGUUUGGACAUUAUCACAUAGACACACAGACACAAACUUUGUGUUGGGAAAUGCCCAGAUCGUAGACUGGCCCAUCGUUUACAGUAAUGAUGGCUUUUGUAAGCUGUCCGGCUACCACCGUGCUGAGGUCAUGCAGAAAAGCAGCACUUGCAGCUUCAUGUACGGAGAGCUCACAGAUAAGGACACAUGUGAGAAAGUUCGGUUGACUUUCGAGAACUAUGAAAUGAACUCAUUUGAGAUCUUGAUGUACAAGAAAAACAGAACGCCGGUUUGGUUUUUUGUGAAAAUAGCGCCUAUACGAAAUGAACAGGAGAAGGUUGUGCUCUUCCUGUGUACGUUUAGUGACAUUACAGCAUUCAAACAACCAAUUGAAGAUGAUUCCUCCAAAGGAUGGGGGAAGUUUGCUCGUCUGACUAGGGCUCUGACCAGCAGUAGAGGGGUCCUGCAACAACUGCAGCCCACUGUACAUAAAGGAGAGAAUGUACAUAAACACUCGCGCCUUGCAGAGGUUCUCCAGCUGGGCUCAGACAUCCUGCCCCAGUACAAACAAGAGACGCCCAAGACCCCUCCUCACAUCAUCCUGCACUACUGUGCCUUUAAGACCACCUGGGACUGGGUCAUCCUCAUUCUCACCUUCUACACCGCCAUCAUGGUCCCCUACAAUGUCUCGUUCAAAACCAAGCAGAACAACAUCACCUGGCUGGUUGUGGACAGCAUUGUGGAUGUGAUCUUUUUGGUAGACAUUGUACUGAAUUUCCACACCACGUUCGUGGGCCCAGCCGGGGAAGUGAUAUCAGACCCAAAACUGAUUCGCAUGAAUUACAUGAAAACCUGGUUUGUGAUUGACCUGUUGUCCUGUCUGCCUUAUGAUGUCAUCAACGCCUUUGAGAACGUGGACGAGGGUAUCAGUAGUUUGUUUAGUUCACUGAAGGUGGUUCGGUUGUUGCGUCUGGGCCGGGUGGCUCGCAAACUAGAUCACUACAUUGAAUACGGUGCGGCUGUUUUGGUUCUGCUAGUUUGCGUGUUUGGGCUGGCGGCCCAUUGGCUGGCCUGCAUCUGGUACAGCAUUGGAGACUAUGAGGUGAUUGACGAAGAUCGUAACACAGUUCGUACGGACAGCUGGCUUUAUAUGCUGGGAGAGAUCAGCGGGUCACCCUAUCGCUUCAACACCAGCGGGAUGGGAAGAUGGGAAGGCGGACCUACAAAAGAUUCUGUCUACAUUACGUCUCUGUACUUCACCAUGACCAGCCUGACCAGUAUUGGCUUUGGAAACAUCGCUCCAACCACAGAUGGGGAGAAGAUCUUCGCCGUGGCCAUGAUGAUGAUUGGAUCUCUCCUCUACGCCACCAUCUUCGGUAAUGUGACAACUAUCUUCCAGCAGAUGUAUGCUAACACAAACCGCUAUCAUGAGAUGCUGAACAGUGUGCGAGACUUCCUCAAGCUGUACCAGGUUCCCAAAGGCCUGAGCGAGAGGGUUAUGGAUUACAUCGCCUCCACGUGGUCCAUGUCCCACGGUAUUGACACCGAAAAGGUUUUACAGAUCUGUCCUAAAGACAUGCGUGCUGAUAUAUGCGUGCACCUGAACAGGAAGGUUUUCAAGGAACAUCCUGCUUUCCGUUUGGCCAGUGAUGGCUGUUUGCGGGCUUUAGCAAUGGAGUUCCAGACCAUCCACUGCGCUCCAGGAGAUCUUAUCUACCAUGCGGGCGAGAGCGUGGACAGCCUCUGUUUUGUGGUGUCAGGGUCACUGGAGGUCAUCCAAGACGACGAGGUGGUCGCCAUUCUGGGUAAAGGUGAUGUGUUUGGGGACGUGUUCUGGAAGGAGGUGACACUAGCUCAGGCGUGUGCUAAUGUGAGAGCGCUAACAUACUGUGACCUGCAUGUGAUCAAACGGGACGCACUUCAGAAAGUCUUAGAAUUCUACACCGCCUUCUCCAACCACUUUUCACGAAACCUCCUGCUUACGUACAACCUGCGCAAACGGCUUGUGUUCAGAAAGAUCAGUGACGUGAAGCGUGAGGAAGAGGAGAGGAUGAGGAGGAAGAACGAGGCCCCUCUGAAUCUCCCCCCUGAUCAUCCUGUCCGCCGUCUGUUCCAGCGAUUCCGCCAGCAGAAGGAAGCCCGUCUUGCCACUGGGCAUCCCAAUACCGAUGACCCUGAUCUUGAGAAGGGCCAAAUUCACCACGAAGUGAUCAGCCAAGAUGUAGUUGCCACCACAAGCAUCGUCACGGUAACAGAGAGCCCUGCCACGCCUAUCCCAUCCCACCAGAGCAAAAACCAUACCCUGGGUCCAUUCGACCAGGCCAAGCUUAGCGCCCCUGCCCCAAACGUCCCUCGGACAUCAGAGCCACGUGCACGAGGAUGGGCGAGGUUUAGGGAGAGCAUGGCAAAGCCAGAAAGCUGGGGAAAUGUUCCUAAAGCGGAAUCGAUGGAGACUCUGCCAGAGCGAAGCGGCUCCGGAAAGAUUUCAGAGCCCAGCGGACUGAAGAAGACCGAUUCCUGCGACAGUGGCAUCACCAAAAGCGACCUCCGGCUGGACGAAGGUGGCGCCUGCACCCCUGUAGACCAAAGCCCGGUCCAGCCCGAUGGAAAAUCUCCCCCGAUCCCACCAAUUCCCACUAUUCCCGAACACACAUUGCACGCCUCGCUCCUGGAACUCCGUACUGAACUUAAAGAGGAGCUGUCUGCACUCGGUAACCGAAUGGUUGCCUUGGAGACACAGGUCGCUGAGGUGUUGAGGUUGCUAAGGAGCAGAAAGUCUCCGACCUCUCCCAUGUCACUCUUCCAGAUCUCACGGCCGACAUCACCAGACACGGACAAGGAGGACAUGUUCCCAUAAAGAACAUGAGGUAAGCAUUUUUCAUCUUGAAAGGGAAACGACUGAGAGACUUACUCUGAGAAAGGAUGAAAAAAAUGGAACUUCUUGUGCCAGCAAAAAGCAUGACAGACACUCUGAGAGAGUGUGUGUGAGAGAGAAUGAGUGAGGGAAAGGAUUCAAUAAGACACUGGAACAAAGAAGAGGAUGUCUUAUCCCAAGGCAGAGCAUCUGCGAUACCAAAGUGAUGUUGUGUUAGUUGUCAAGCAGACACUAACUGUUGAAUUGCUCCCUGUUUUCGUCCUGCGAGGCUGACAGUGAGAGCUUUUGAUUCAGGGCCCACUCUGACUGAUGGUUGUCAUGGCAAUGCACCGUCCCCAACUGCAAAUGUGGGCCCUUCAAGAUCCCACUCAUGUAGCAAGUCUUCCCCUCUCUCUUUCACUCUCUCUCACACACACAUACCGUUUGUGCUCUGCAGUCUUUCUGGUAUAGGGAUCUAUUGCGCUCCAUCCUGCUAGUUAACUCGCCGCCGAACACGAGCCUUUAUCAGGAAUCGCAGAGCUAAGCGUCUUAACCAAAUACAUGGUGGUGUGGAGAUAAGUUGCUUGACAAAAGACUGGUGAAGCUAUGGAACUAUGGAAACCCCAGGCAGCUUCGGUGAAUUACUUUAGACAAACGCGUUUGUACAAUGACAAAUCACUAC